GGUUUUUACAAAAAUCUUGAAAGUUGUGUACUCUCAUUUGAGAGGUUUAGGACAGACUGGUAUGGGUCACAUUGGUGAUUCCUUAUUGCUAUACUACGACCAUGAAGCUUGUAAAAACAAUAUUGUUGAUAUUACAAACUUGUUCCAACAAUUGGGGUUUGUCAUACACCCCGAGAAAUCGGGUUUGCAUCCAGUACAAGCUAUUGAAUUCCUUGGAUUUGUGAUUAAUAGCCUGGCUAUAGACAGUGAGCUAGGCUAUUACAUAGGAAAAUCUCAAAGGUCAAAUCUUUUUGCAAUAGCUUAUUAA